AUGGACACAACGCAAGAGUCGAUACCGCUCGGCAAUGUUGACCCCGAAAGCACAUGCUCUCAUCCUUGCCCAGAGCAAAUUGAGGCAAGUAUUGAAGCUGGCAACGCUUCGGAUGACUCGCACUUCGAUCUGUCUGCGCCUUUCAACGACACCAUCGAAGAUGUUCUCAGAGCGACACUGGCAUACAAAGCAUUUGCCGUGUCCGAAACUUCUCCAGGUAUCAUAGCCAAAGACCUCUCGAAUCUAGAUGAUUUGGCAUGGUACGGCAUCUCCGAGGCAGGUCAAAUGGAGUUGUGGACCGAUGAAGUCUCACGACUGAUGGACCUGGCCAACGAACCGGAAAUACCUAUCCUCUACCGUCCUGCAACCGCCGACGGCGACAAAGUCUUUGCUACAGACUCCCCAGCUGCUCACAGGGUUACUUCUCGUUUUGCGCGGCGCAUGUUGGACGCCAUCAACAUCAUCGUGCAUGACUCGCAAGCUGCACUCGCAAUCAACUGCAGGAAGCUCUGCAACCCCGACAUCUUAACACGAAGUCGAAAGCACCUUCAAGCUAUGGCUGCGCAAAGCUCCCAGGCCAGUGCUCACGGCGCUGCAGAAGAGCUCUCACUGGAAGAAGACCACUACCGCUUUAUGGGCUACUGCACUGCAGUGCUAAGUCGCGUAGUGAACAACAAGAGAUAUGUAAGUGACAGUGAAUACCAUGACGGCGAGACACGCACCGCGACCGCCGCAAACGGUGAUGACGAGUCCUUAUCGCCAAUGAUAUUCGCGCGGCACAAUUUCGAGGUCGUCGGCAUAGCCAACUCGACGGCCAAAUCCAUGACCACCGAGAUGCAAUACUACAUGCACACAACGCGGCACCAGUACGCCAUCCUCGAACUGCUGCGCAUCAUGCUGUCGUCUUUUCGCUCCAUGGGCCUCGGUCCUGACAAUUUUUUCAAGGGCGGCCAUCCAGGGAGCGCCAUGGGCAUGGCCGCCAUCGGCGUCGCCCUCUGGAAAUACACCAUGAGAUACUCUCCCCGCAACCCCGACUUCUUCAACCGCGAUCGCUUCGUGCUGUCUAACGGCCACACAUGCCUCUUCCAGUACACUUUCCUGCACCUCACCGGCUACCCGGCCAUGACACUCGACCAGCUCAAGUCGUACCACUCAUCGCGCACUGACUCGCUCUGCCCCGGCCACCCGGAGAUCGAGCACCCUGGCAUCGAAGUCACAACGGGACCCCUUGGUCAGGGCGUCGCGAACGCGGUCGGUCUGGCCAUGGCGACCAAGAACCUCGCAGCUACGUACAACCGGCCCGAAGCCGGCUUCAAUCUCAUCGAUAACACAACAUGGUGCAUGAUCGGCGACGCAUGCCUGCAAGAGGGCGUCGCGCUUGAAGCAAUUCAAUUAGCGGGUCACUGGAAGCUCAACAACCUGGUCGUCAUCUAUGACAAUAACCAGAUUACUUGCGACGGGAGCGUCGACCUCUGUAACACAGAGGAUGUGGACGCCAAGAUGCGAGCGUGCGGGUGGGACGUGCUAAAUGUCGAGGACGGAUGCUACAACGUCGAAGGUCUCGUCGCCGCACUGCUCUCAGCCAAGGCGUCAACAGAGAAGCCCACAUUUAUCAACGUUCGAACUGUAAUUGGUAUUGGAAGCAAGGUCGCCGGCGAUGCCAAGGCCCACGGCGCGGCGUACGGAGCAGAGGACGUCAGGAGCAUCAAGAAGGCGUUCGGCAUGAACCCGGACGAACACUUUGUGCUCCACGACGAAGUGUACGGUUACUUCCGAGAGAUGGCGGCGAGAGGCGAAGGGCUGGAGCGGAAUUGGCACAACAUGGUCGGGGAUUAUGCCAAAGAGUACCCCGAUCUUCAUGCCGAGUUCAUGACGAGAGUAGAGGGUCGCUUUACACAAGAUUGGAGGGCACUCAUCCCAAGUAAGGAAGACUUCCCCACGACGCCAACACCAACACGAAAGUCUUCAGGCCUCGUGUGCAAUCCACUGGCUGAGAGGCUGCCGAACAUGAUGGUCGGGACAGCGGAUUUGUCGCCCUCGGUCAACAUGAUCUGGAAGGGCAAGGUUGACUUUCAGCACCCCAAUCUUCAAACAUCUUGUGGCAUCAACGGCAAUUACUCUGGCAGGUACAUACACUGGGGAGUCCGCGAGCAUGCCAUGGCGUCCAUCUCGAACGGCAUAGCCGCCUUCAACAAAGGCACGUUUCUACCAGUAACGUCCAGCUUCUUCAUGUUUUACAUCUACGCCGCUCCCGGUGUUCGCAUGGGCGCGCUUCAACAUCUUCAGGCCAUCCACAUCGCGACGCACGACUCCAUCGGCACCGGCGAAGACGGGCCAACGCACCAGCCGAUCGAGCUCGCCGCACUCUAUCGCGCAAUGCCCAAUAUUCUUUACAUCCGCCCCUGCGAUUCUGAAGAGGUCGCCGGCGCGUACACGGCCGCCCUUGACGCGCGGGGCACGCCCUCCAUCAUCUCCCUCUCUCGCCAGGCCGUCGAGCAGUACCCGCAGCAUUCUAGUCGCGACGGCGUGCAGCGCGGCGCAUACGUCUUCAUCGAAGAAAAGGAUGCAGAUGUGACUCUGAUCGGUGUCGGCGCCGAGAUGUGCUUCGCCAUCAAAACUCGGGACGUGCUGCGCCAAAAGUUCGGCAUCAAGGCCAGAGUGGUGUCGUUCCCCUGUCAGCGACUCUUCGACAGCCAGCCCAUCGAGUACAAGCGCCAGACGUUGCAGUACCGGAGCAAUGCUCCCCGGGUCGUAAUCGAGGCGUACGCCGUCAACGGAUGGGAGCGCUACGCCGAUGCGGGAUUCUCUAUGUCGACAUUUGGUAAGAGCCUGCCGGGCAAGGACGCGUACAACUACUUUGGCUUCGAUGAGGAGGUGAUUGCACCCGAGGUGGCGAAGCUGGUAGAGUUUGUUAAGAGGGAAGGGGUGGAGAGCCUGCGAGGAGAGUUUCGUGACUUGAAUCCAGUGCGACACUCUCAUCAAUAG